CGCUUACGGCGAUCCCACCAAAUUGUGGGUUUUUCGUCACGACGUCGAACCGUAGUUUUGAACCGUCCGUAUGCAAGUAACAGUUACUGGUGGGACAUUGCGUGAAGCUUUCUCUUUCUACAUCAUUACCAUCAUAUGAUUGGAUCCAAGGCUUCGCAAUUCACAAGGAGACAAUUUCUGGUCCUCUGUGGCUGCCGCUGCUCUCUGAUUUUUGGGCUCGACUUGAAUGGUCGCCUGUUGAUUCAUUCUGUUGGUUUCAGUGCCCAACUGAGAUCGCUCCAUCGCUGGGUCAAUUUCGUCGAACCAUUUCACUAGUUUCUGCCCUGAUUUGUUUUUGAUUGAUCGGCCUUUUGUGUACGGGUAGGAGAUGUACAUAAUCUGGCAGCUUCUUUUUGGGCUUCAGCUGUCGUUCUUGGGAUUUUUGUGAGAAUUACGCACUAGAAAUUUGAGCUCUAUUGCACAUAAUUCACACAUUUCCAUUCUUUGCUUGGGGAGUUUAGUAAUUUGAGGAUGACUAUUGGAAGCCUGAAGCCAGAAGAAGUGGAGAAGUCCAGAAAGAGCAAACAUGUUGCUGACCACGAAGCACCUCUCUUGCCCACUAAACGAGAGGAAGACAGUAGAUUUGAUGAGUUUGACGGGGCUUCAUUUCCAGGGGCAGUGUUUAAUUUGUCAACCACAAUUGUGGGUGCUGGAAUCAUGGCCUUGCCUGCAACAAUGAAAGCCUUGGGUCUUGUUCUUGGGAUUGCUAUGAUCAUCUUUAUGGCUUUCCUCACAGAGGCUUCAAUUGAGAUGUUGCUUAGAUUUAGCAGGGCUGGGAAAACAACUUCGUAUGGUGGUGUUAUGGGGGACACCUUUGGAAAGUUUGGGAAGAUUUUUCUGCAAAUAUGUGUUUUAGUCAACAAUAUUGGUGUACUUGUAGUGUAUAUGAUCAUUAUAGGUGAUGUGCUUUCUGGAACGUCGUCAAGUGGAGUUCACCAUGCUGGUGUGUUGGAAGGAUGGUUUGGAGUGCAUUGGUGGAAUGGCCGCACCUUUGUUCUUCUGGUUACAACCCUUGCUGUGUUUGCUCCAUUAGCGUGCUUAAAGCGUAUAGAUUCGUUGAGAUUCACUUCUGCUUUAUCAGUUGCACUGGCGGUUGUUUUCCUUGUUGUGAUGGUAGGAAUCACCACUAUCAAGUUGGUAAAUGGAAGCAUUUUGAUGCCAAGGUUGCUUCCCAAUGUUACUAAUUUGACAUCGUUCUUGAAUCUCUUUACUGUAGUUCCAGUUCUCGUCACUGCAUACAUCUGCCACUACAAUGUCCACUCAAUAGACAAUGAACUUGAAGACAAUACACAGAUAAAAGCAAUUGUGCGAUCUGCACUAGCACUCUGCUCAUCGGUUUAUGUAAUGACAAGCCUAUUUGGGUUCCUCCUAUUUGGCAAUGCAACUCUUGAUGAUGUUCUUGCCAAUUUUGAUGCUGACCUUGGUAUUCCAUAUGGUUCUCUACUCAAUGAUAUUGUUCGUGUUAGCUAUGCUGCCCACCUCAUGCUUGUCUUUCCAAUUGUUUUCCAUCCACUACGGUUAAACCUUGAUGGCCUCUUCUUUCCCUCCGCGAGGCCUUUGGCAUCAGACAACUUGAGGUUUGCUUUAAUCAGCUUUGGGCUCAUUUCUAUUAUCUUCUUGGGUGCAAAUUUUAUACCCAGCAUUUGGGAUGCUUUCCAAUUCACUGGAGCAACUGCUGCAGUUUGCAUUGGCUUCAUCUUUCCUGCUGCUAUUACUCUCAGGGAUCGUUAUGGCAUAGCAACAAAAAAGGACAAGAUCUUAUGUGUUUUCAUGAUUGUCCUUGCUGUGUUUUCAAACCUGGUGGCCAUUUACAGUGAUGCAUAUGCCUUGUUCAAGAAGAAUGCAUCAUCACCAAGCGAGUAAACUCUGCUGCUGAUAGCAGUAAAUUCUGUGGGUACUGCAUCAUUUUUCAUGGAGAUGCCAUGAGGGCAGAUCUUUUGCAUUUGGUUUCAUUAUGACUUGCACUCUGUUGGAUCUUUGUUCUUGAGGUGCAGAAGUGUACAAAGACUCGUAUGCAUUCUAGACUCCCCCCUGUGCCUGUUUUUAAAAUGGCAAGUUGUUGUACGGACCAGAAUAAAUAUACAGAUUGCAAACUAUAUAUGAAAAUAUACAUAUAUAUUGAAUUGCCGCUUCAUCA